GAACUAGUCACCUUGAUGUUGAACAUUGGACAUCAAUAAGAAAGGAUUAUCAGGAUCUCAGCCACGCACUUGUCGCUUCGAAGUUCUCCCUAAUUGUUAUUCUUUCAAAGUCAGGCCCAUGGUUUCCUGCUAGACAUGAUGUCUUCUGCAAAUGGUCUGCGACAACCCAAAGAAACGAACAAAGGGAAAAACGAUGACUUGGCCAUUAGCAGGCACCACUUUGCUCAGUACGUCCUUGCGUCCAAGGGGUCGUAUAUUGGUCCUUCGUUGAAAGAACUCAAAUCCACUCCGAACGCAGCUCCGGUAGAAACGUUAGCAAUUGUUGACGACAAGAUAAAGGAGCUGAAGAGGCAGCAUCAAGAAGAUAUCGAGCUUCUUACUGCAUUCCAGGCUGCAGAAUACCGCCAAGAAGUCCUUAACAGGUAUAAUUGCAUUGAUGAUUCAAUGAUGGGAGUAGAUACGGAGGACCUGAUCCAGGUCGAUUAUCUCGCUGCCCUUAAUGAGCUGUACAACGAUGCACGGCCUAUGAAACGCUUCCAGCACGAUAUGGAUGACGCGUUGUCUCAGAUCCGCUACAACUACCUCAAAUCCCUCCUCCCGCUCCUCACUCAGCGCCGCACGUUGAAAUCGCGAGAAACCCACAUUCGGAGACAGCGCGAUGCGCAGUUCCCGCAGAGUAUCGAAGAGUAUCACAAUAUCCCGGAACGCGACAUUCAGCUGCGAAUCGCGCGGUUCCUCUUGCGUUCGAGUUCUGAGCAGGAGAAGAUGAUGGGUGAUUAUGGAUGGGUGUGGAGAGCGGUAAAUCCGCUGGUCUCAGCGUUCAAGGCGAAUGGUUCAAGAAACGAGAUAUUGGAGUCAGUCAAAGAUGCACAGGCUUCGGAUCCUCGGCGUCGGCCAACAGCGACCCCUGGAUGGUAGCUAUAACUUGCAUACCUUCGCACUAUCUUCGUAUCAUGAUCGAGAUGAGACUGCUCUACGUUGGAGUAGGGGUCCCUAGGGGUGUAGGCAGCAGCGGCGUUUGGCGGUGUUUAGAGUAGAGUUUGCCGGCAGAGUCAGAAGCCGCGUUUGCGUAGGAGAGCAAUCCAUUCCUUCCCGAGCGCAGCAUCUAGUGUGAGAGCAGGCCGAGCUCACUCCAAUGUCUAUGUGUCUGAUUCAUUCAAUCGAAGCAGUCCUCUCGCUCAGACUGGUGUAGUUCGAGACACGGGCGCUACGUGCCAAUGAAGAUAGAUCAAUAUGGGUGACAGUUUGUUUAUCCUGACUCGGAUGCGACAAAGGGUUUUCGCAUGUGUGCUCCGCAG